UGGGGUCCCUAUGGGAUGGAGCUGCUCCAUGACGGGAUCCCGUGUACCCUAAUAACGGAUAGCGCUGCUGCCGCCACUAUGGGGCACUAUGGGGUACAUGCGGUGGUGGUGGGCGCCGACCGCAUUGCGGCCAAUGGGGACACGGCCAAUAAGGUCGGGACGCUGUCGCUGGCGCUGCUGGCCCUACACAUGGGGGUCCCGUUCUACGUGGCCGCCCCCUCGUCCUCGUGGGACCCCAACGUUCCCAAUGGGGCCGGGAUCCCCAUCGAGGAGAGAGCGGCCACCGAGCUGACCCAGAUCAAUGGGGUGCGGCUGGCCCCACACGGAGUCGACGUCUGGAAUCCCGCCUUUGACGUCACGCCUCACGAGAUGAUCACGGGCGGGAUCGUGACGGAGCUCGGCGUCUUCCGGCCUGAAGAACUCAGCCAGCGAUUGGCUGGUUGCUGAAGAACGCGGCCAGCGAUUGGCUGGUUGCUGAGGGUCCCCUCCCCCUCCCUUACUUCCGCCUCGCUGCAUCCCGUCAUGCCUCGCUUUUCUCUACUUCCGCUUCCGGCUUGCCCCAAAACGGA